AUGAGGAUGAGGGGACAGGCGGAGAGGGACGAGGAGAGGGGCAAGGAGAGGCGCAGGGAGAGGCGCAAGGAGAGGCGCAAGGAGAGGCGCAAGGAGAGGCGCAAGGAGAGGCGCAAGGAGAGGCGCAAGGAGAGGCGCAAGGAGAGGUGCAAGGAGAGGCGCAAGGAGAGGCGCAAGGAGAGGCGCAAGGAGAGGCGCAAGGAGAGGCGCAAGGAGAGGCGCAAGGAGAGGCGCAAGGAGAGGCGCAAGGAGAGGCGCAAGGAGAGGUGCAAAGAGAGGGGCAAGGAGAGGGGCAAGGAGAGGCGCAAGGAGAGGCGCAAGGAGAGGUGCAAGGAGAGGCGCAAGGAGAGGGGCAAGGAGAGGCGCAAGGAGAGGCGCAAGGAGAGGCGCAAGGAGAGGCGCAAGGAGAGGCACAAGGAGAGGCGCAAGGAGAGGCGCAAGGAGCAGGACACAGAGAGAGGGAGAAGGGGUGGCAUGUAG